UCAGUAUAUAAAGAUGGAUGCGAUGCAGAGUUGAUACAGACUUGAGGUUUGGGCUUCAGAAACCGACGACUUGCAAUUGAAGAUUUGCUGAUAUAACCAAAGAAGUCAAAGACAUGGCAGUCGAAACCCAAAGGAAAUCCCUCACCUGGACGCUGCUCCUGAUGGUCUUGCUGACCACCCAGCUGCGCGAGAGCGAGGCCGGAGUCAACUUCAAGCUGAAGAAGCUGCUCAAGAAAAUCCUGCUCCUGAGGGCCCUCUCCCCCAAGAAGGACAUCGCCAUCAUCCCCCUGCCCAUCCCUCUUGGUCUGGUGGAGAUGUUGCUCAAAAAAGGCAAAAUGGAGAUGGAAAUGCCCAAAAUGCCUGAAAUGCCCAUGCCUAUGCCUAUGCCCAUGCACAUGAUGCCCUACCCAAUGAUGGGCGGUGAAAUGAUGAUGAUGAAACCACCUGCAGAAGAAAUGAAAAUGCCUAGUGGUGGAGGUUAUGGGAAGAUGUGAGAAGACAAAAAAUCAUAAAUUUGAGAAUUAGUUCAUCUUAUCAUUACUAGAUGGCAGCACAAAAUCUCAUUACUUCAAUAAAUGGAAGAUAGAUGGCGCUGCAGCAUUAUUCGAAUUGAAGUAUUGCUAUUUGGAAAGUGCAAUUUUUUAAACUUUAUAUCAUCAUCACCUGCCCAUGCCGUAUAACGGAUUUGCAUGAAGAAAGGUAUCAAAAUCUUUGGAAUUUUUAAUGCACGGAUUUUCCCACCGAAAUGUAUUUGUAGAUAGAAUGAAUUCUUACUAAAUUUGAAAAUCAUAUAUUUUGUAAAAUAAUAAGCAGAAAUUAAAAUAUGUUUUAAUAUAAAUUUUUAUAAUUUUUCAAAAGUAAUAUAUAUUACUUUUGAUGGUAAAAUUGUCAAAUAUUUUUUUUAAACCGAAAGAAAUGUUUUUCUAAGAGUUUAAGUAGAUUUUCUUGUACUGUAGCAAUGAUAUUUUACUACGGGUGAAUAUAGUCAGUAUGUAAAUAGUAAAUUGUUUUACACUUGUCAUUUGUAUUGUAGAUGUGUAGAAAAUUUGAUUAAAAUUUUGUUUCAUAUUUA